AUGUCUCUUGUUUUAGGCAGAUCCUUACACCUCUCUGAUACUUUCUGUAUCAGCUGUGGCACAGUCACUCUUGAUACCACUCGAGCAAAAAUACUCUUAAUCCGGUGGAACAAAAACCAAGAGAUCUACCUACCCAAAGGACGCAAAAACAUCGGCGAGACGCUGAAAGAUGCCGCACUACGAGAGACCUACGAAGAGACAGGUUUCCGAGUAACUCUCUUCCCUUUACCGGUUCCAACACUUGCAACUCCAGCAGGUGAUGCUGAUGCCGUCGGCGAACCGAGCAGCGCGACCACAGAACCUGUUGCGGUUAGCGAGCGGCUCGUUCACGACAAACUCAAGAUCAUCUUUUGGUUUGCUGCCAGAGGAGACUCAACCGCGGCGCCGGAUACGAGGACGCAACAGGAAGGGGAGGACUUUGAGCCACUUUGGUUGGACCUGGAUAGUGGAGUACAGUCUUUGAGUUUCGAUGACGAUAAACAGAUUGCACGAGCGGUUAUUGAUAUAGCCUCCACAUCCGGCCACUUGGGUUCGGUGCAGCAUUGA